AUGUCGGCCCAAGCACAAGGAUUCUAUACCGCACCAUCAGACAAAGACACACCACAGCAAGACCGCGGUCUGUUCAACCACGAAAGUCAGAAGCAUCAAUGCCACCACUAUGCUCGCAUGUACGGCGGCCAGGCUGUGAACGCAAUGAUGUGGGGAUUCGGCGCAACAUUGGGUGCUGACGCUGCAAAUGCUGCGGUGGGAGAGAUGAGAGCUUGCAGACAAAUGGAGAUGAUCGAAUGGACUAUGUCUAGAUUUGCUGUAGACUUCAACUACCUAAUCAACACAUCUGUUACGGUAUCAAACAAGCUUCACACCUUCGAUGGUUUGUGA